GCGCUGAAGGUGAGUCGGGUUUACUCCUCGUGCAGGUAUGAUAUUUAAAAGGGAAAUCGUUGGAUCCUAUUCAGUGCAAUCUGCGUCUUGACGCGCGACUGGUGACGGACGGAGUAUACUAGACAGAUUAUUUAUACUGCAGCACCAUCAAAGGCGACCAUGAAGCUGGAGGUUUUGUGCGGGAGCCACUAUGAUAUGAAACAUUUCGAGGUGUCCAGUGAUGCAGAGGGGAGCGUUCGCUCUCCCCUCUCUGCUGAGGAGGAGCUGGGGUCGGAUGGGGACUGCGUGGCGCACAGCCCCCCACCUGUCACUCCGUGCGGCGGCGGCAGCAGCAGCAGCAGCAGCAACAAGUCGAAGCCGUACACACGGAGACCCAAACCCCCGUUCUCGUACAUCGCCCUCAUCGCCAUGGCUAUCCGGGACUCCCCCUGCGGACGUCUGACCCUGGCGGAAAUAAACGACUACCUGAUGAAAAAGUUUCCCUUCUUCAGGGGCAGCUACACCGGCUGGAGGAACUCGGUCCGACACAACCUAUCUCUAAAUGACUGCUUUCUCAAAGUGCUCCGGGACCCGUCUAGACCCUGGGGGAAAGACAAUUACUGGAUGCUCAACCCUCACAGCGAAUACACGUUCGCUGACGGGGUGUUCCGGCGCAGGAGAAAGCGCAUCAGCAAAAAGUUCGGCGCGGAGCACGAGGCGUCCGAGCACGCGGAGGAGCAGCGGAACACCCCGGCCGAGACCGACACAUGCGCCAAGUUCACCAGUUCAUUUUCUAUAGACAGCAUCCUCAGCAAGCCCGCCAAGAGAGACUCAAACAAAGAGCACUCCCCUCUCCUCUCUGCCUUCACCUGGCCGUGCCACACUGAACUUCUGACGCCCCAGUCAAAUACACCUGCCUCAUUUCCAUACGUAAAGGCACCUUGUUAUGUAGACUCCUGUGCUGCUGCUGCUGCUGCGCAUGUGUCAAACGUCUAUGGCGUUGGGCCACUCUCACAGACAGCCAUGCAGUUUCAGUGAACUCUCUUUUAUUUGACGAUUUAAAAAAAAAUCAACAUUGUGCACUGAUAACGGACACAGAGGAGGGAAAGGACCAAAACAGAACCUUUUCCAUCUGUGUUGGGAUCACAUUGGAUUUGAUAUUAUUGGGGGGGUGGGGGGGCAUUGUGUUUCACUAUGUUAUUUUGGUGCCUCUGGUCAUUUCCCUUUAAAACAUUGUGUAUGAUAUUUGAUGCAAAAUUGUUUGUUGUAAAUGUUACUGAACUGACGAUUGACUUUGUUGCUUGUUCAAUAAACGUCUUAAAAAAUA